GUAAAUAACUGGAAUCAGUAGUAAUAGUAAAAUCGGAGAAAGAAAAAAAAAAUGUCGUAUGUUGACUCCCUUCAUAUUUCCAUCCGCGAAGGGGACUCUGCUAUUCACCUGCUCGUCGACGCGACGGGCCCUAGAGACCAAGUACGGGCAGCUGUUCUCAUCGACGGCGGCAGAACACACAGAGACAGAAACAACCUCGCCGGUAUUAGACAGGUAGUGCUUCGGGAUCCUCCCAUAAAGCAAACAAUCGACUGGAUCAGUAGGAAUUAUGUUUGCCAGGGUGGACAGUUGAAGUUCGAUGCCAUCGUUAUAACUCAUUGGGAUGGGGACCACUUUGAUGGCAUCACGGAGGCACUGCAAAAUGAGGCGACUGCAGUUCCCCCUCCCCCCGCAGGCCAGAUCCCCUGGUUGAAAUGGGGAGCGAACAACGAGCCUCAAACAAGGCUCUAUUGCCCACACCUGGGGAGAUCGGGGAUCUACCAAGUUGAUGUCUUACACGAUCCUCCGCAGGUGUCGGUCACAACUAACAAUGGCCGAUACACGUUUGCCCAGUAUUACGAUACCAGCACCAAUAUUUUUGACGUACUCGGGGUUGAGCUCUUCAGCAAUCACCCCUUGGAUCCUGGAGACCAGCAUGCGCUGUCUCCAUCGCAGUUGCUAGCAGCGCAUGGUAAUCUAUCAGCCGGCAUCUACUGCGUGGGCGUUUCGGAGCGCUCACUGGCACAACCAAACGCACCGCUCAAGUCGACAAUUGUCGGUUCAGACGAUUCACUUAAGAACAGGAGCUCCAUUGCGGCGAUGGUGAUGUGGCCGGGCACUCCGCCGAGAAUCUCUCAUUACUUUGCCGGAGAUCUGGACGACGGUCGUGAAAUAGCCAUUCUAGCAUGGUUGGAGGCAGAAACACCAAGGAUCGAGAAAAUCACCAGCGUCAAGCUCAAUCAUCAUGGAUCAGCUACUUCAACCCCCUUGGAGCUGUUCCGUCGGUUCAAGCCUCUCAACACUUUCAUCCCAACUCCCCUCAACGCCAGACACAAACACCCUACCUGGCCCGUGAUCUUUACCUGGCAUGCCUGGGCCCAGUCCGUUUUACCUCCGCCUCGAUUGAUCGCGGGGACUUUUCCUGCCGCCAUCACUCGCGAGGUCGACGAAACAGGUCAAAGUCACUGGGUCAAUCUACAUAAAAUAUACCCUCAGCAUUUCGACGUUCCGGCCUUCCGAGACUACAUAAUAGCGGUCAACGACGACAUCAACGCACAACGAGCAGCAGUGGGCCAACCGGCCUUACCCAAUGAAUAUCAGCUGUUUCAGCUCGUUCCACCCGAUCUCCAACGCCAGAGUAACUACCUAGCUGGCCGUUUCGCAACCAUUUGGGAUCAUCACGGGUUCCCUGACAUCAAUUAUCACUGGGCAUCUUGCGCAGCAUAUUCUGUAACGCAACGAACCGUGCUUCGAAAAUCUCUGCUUUUUGUGCGCAUUCGAUCCGCCCCCACUGACGUCGCAGACGGGCAGCUCCAUUAUGUGAACAUAGAUGAUGAUAACCUUAUCCUGCGUCUGUGGGGGAGGUUGCCGGAACUCACAAGAGUUAACACCCUCAGGACGUUAAGUCACAGUGUCCUCGCCAUCAGACUGAUGUUGCCACAGCCACCUGCAGCUCCAGCGGUGCUACCACAUGUGGUGGCACCUCCAGAUAUGCGCUCUACAAACCGAUGCUCUCGUUCCCUCUUGGCGGCAGCAGAACGGCAAAUUGAUGAUUCCUUGCUGGAACAUGCCUGUGUAGAACCAGGUAGUUACUACGUACCGGACGAAACCAACCCUGACGAAAUGUCUGGUGGGGAAGAGGAAUCAGGAAAAGUCAUGAAAAAAAGGAUGUUUGAGGAACAAGAGAAAGAAGAAACAGAUAAAGAAGAACCCAAGACACCAGAAUCUCCUUGUUCUUGGGUUGAGCUGGAUGCUAACGAAAUACCACAUCUGAACGACAUAAAAGGAUGGGCCAUCUACGCCAGUGACCUCUCGGUUGAAGAGAUUAGAGCAAAGGGCGUCAACAAUUUUGAGCGUCUCUCUAUUGGCAUUUUGGAUGAUUUUGUGAUGGAUCUACACUGUCAUGUCCUCUGGCUGCAGACUAAACUCCCCUCAGAGCCGGAAGUCGGCAGCCGAACUAUGCUAAUGGAGGACGAUGAGUGCCGCUGUUGGUUUUACGAUACCCUCAAUGCGAAGGAGGUUUCUAUCAUCAACGCGGCGAAAGGUGAAGUUGGUGGCUUCUACGUCCGGGCUUCUUUAUCUUCAAUGGGCAAUGGACCGACAGAAAUCGCACCCGCGUGGAUGGAGUUCUCGACAGACGAGGCGACUCUCAAAACGACGUUUGGGUCGAUCGAGCCCAUCCUUCCCACAGGUCUCUUCAAAAGACAUUGCAUGCUGGUGAUGGGACUAAAGCCCGUGACUGUAAAACCGUCCAAGACCGUUUAUCUGCAUGACUUGGUGGACUUUAUCGGCGUGGAAGAACUGAAAGAAAACACUCUAAUCAAAUUACUCGGUUCAUUUCCUAUGAGACCCCCAUCAAAUCACGAGGAACUUCAAGGAAAACGCAACGCCGUGUGGUUUUUACCCAGUAACGACUACCGAACCACCAUCCGGCUCGAGUGGCCCAUGGAUUCGACAACCCAGGCAGAACUAAAUAAAUUUCUCAAGCCCUUGAAUCUAACGAUAGGCGCUACUUCAGCAAUCGCUCGCCGUACCAGUCGAUGGUCCACAACCGGGCCGAGCUGCCAGAUGCUCACGCAUGGGAGCCUCGUCUUCCGCACUGAAAUUACUCUCAAUCAGAUCAAACUAGAAGCGACAUUCGAGUUCUCUACGGCAGUAACAACCAUGACUCUGACUCUCAAUUCCAAGACGAGCCAGGCACUACAAAGUCUCCUGAAUUGGGUCCAGAGUCUCGUUCCGGGUGAUCAAAAGUUUGACUUCGGGGAUCUCCAGGGCCAAUCCUUUGGGUCUAGCAAUCUGGGUGAAUUUCACUUCCGUCGUAUAACGAUUGGGCUCGUUGAUGAUGAGAGAGGAAGCGCCAAACUAUCCACUUUCAGCAUGGACAUGGAAGUCGGUCUGCAUCAUAGCCCAAAUCCCUCAACGCUUUUCCUUCUCACAUAUACCUAUCAAAAAGGACAAGGGAGCACUGUGAAUGCUAAACUAUGGUGUUCUCCGCCCACAUUUCCCCAGGAAGCCCAAUGGCUUCUACUCCCCGAGUAUGAAAAAUAUCCCACCAUGACGCCCGUGUCAAUUGAACCCUCCAACUGGCCGAAAUCUCUUGACCUGGCUGCACUCGGGGGGUUCGAAGAUCUCCCCGACUUCCUGCCAACGGAGAUUCUGACGGCGGAGUUCCGCGCCAACAAAAAGGGGAUUGCCUUUGGAGGAUCGAUGAGACCGAAGCCAGCAAAAGGAAAGGUUCCUACAUUCAGUAUUGCUGAAAUCACAUUGGAGGUCUCGUAUGAAUGGGGAAACGGUGCCGGUGGAACAUUCAACGGCGCUUUUUCCAUCAAAGCGCUACUCCAGCAGCCCAAGGGAGCCAAGUAUGGCUGGCCCACGCAACUCAUCGGUACAGUCGCCUACUCAUCGAACCCAUCACGGUGGACGCUAUCUGGCACUGUAUAUGAUCUGUACGCAUCUACACUCGCACAGUUCUUUGAUAUGAAUGAGUCAAUCCAGGCUGCGGUUAUGCCCAUUCUGGAAAGUAUCCGCGUACAAUAUUUGGACAUCACAUACAAUUACGCCAGGCAGGAGGCCUCAUCCUUUGAUAUCACUGGAAUUUUGGUCAUCGGAUUCCACCUGUUUACUCUCAAUUUCCACCAUUCGGAGACCGGUUGGACGUUCGUUGCUACAGCUGAGUCGGCCAAAAAUCACAACGUCAAGUCCACUGUCGGUGAUCUGGUCACCAGCGUUGCCGGGCGCGAUAUGAAUCUUCCCGACUUCAUUUCCAACAUCGGCGUGCAGGUAAGCAAAGAUAACAAAAUGGAGUUGGUGAUAAAAAAGUCUCAACCGGCUGCCGGCCCAGAGAGCAUGGUCAUUCUCCUCACAGUAAAACUAGGAAAUUUCACCCUCCGCUACAUUCAAUUUCGUGAAGUCGUACCUGUUGCACUCGCUGCUGCUACACCUACUCAACGCGUGCUUAUUGCUUCCAUGAAUCAACUUCCUGGCUCUGAUAUUCCCCUAGUCGGGCAAGUUGGUCAGCCUUAUGACGAGGUCAUGUUCGCAUGGGUACAGGGGCAGGAUGGACUCACAGGUCUCACCAAACGACAACUAGAUACGGUAAACAAGGUCCUCCUGGAGCUCAGCCAGCAGCCACUGCCAUACAAGCCUGUGAAAAAGGGAGAGCCUGUAGCUACAGACGUGCUACUGCUCCAGGGGAUGCAUUUCAUGCUGAUGCGAAAGGCAAACACAGGGCCAUCCACUGUGGCUUUAGACUACGCCUUCAACAAGCCCAAAGAGAAGGCCAAGUCACUUGCAGCAGAUGGGGUGGAAGACAAAGGAUCUCGAAUGGCGCCAUAUGAGCGAAGUGAGGGUCCACUUUCGAUCAAAAAUAUCGGCUUCAAAUACUCAACUGGGUCCAGUGGCAAGGAAUCCAUACUCGCCAUCCGGCUGGAUGCGUAUGCGAAAAUUGGACCCGUUGAGUUCGCUUUACUUGGACUCACUCUGGGCCUGAACUUUGCCGGCGCCAGCCGUGACGGUGCACCUUUAACACUUGACAAUCUACCAGAUCCCUAUAUCUCACUUGAUGGUUUACAAGCAUCGUUUGACAGGCCUCCGAUUGAAAUUGCUGGAAUGCUGCAGUACAAGAAUACCGACAAGGAGGAAUCUUUCGCUGGUGCUUUAGUGGUCAGCUAUGUUCCCUGGCGAUUCCAAGCGGCGGGAUAUUACGGAGUCAUCAAAGACCCUCAAUCGCAUGAUGAAUUCAAAUCAUUCUUCUUGUAUUGUGUCCUACAAGGGCCUCUUAUCACCUUUCAGUUCGCCACAAUUGAAGGUGUCUGCGGUGGCUUCGGUUACAACUCCAACUUGACCUUUCCCACCCCCCAAAACGUCAAGCAAUUUCCUUUGAUCUCCGACAGCGGUUCAGCGCCUUCGCCCGAUGGUGGGCCGAAUCAAAUCAUGGAGCAGCUACUCUCGACCCGAUGGUUUUUCCCCCGCAAAGAAUCCUUCUGGGUCGCAGCCGGAUUGACCGUCAAGGCGUUUGAAAUACUGUCUGUGCAGGCGGUCCUAGUGAUCCAGUGGAAUCCUGAAGUGGAAAUCGGCAUCUUCGGGCUUGCUGUAGCUAGCAUCCCCGGAGGCAAAACGACAAAGAGAUUCGCUCACGUUGAGCUCGGUGUCACAGCAACGCUCAGCUUCCGCACGGGUGUAAUGAAGAUAGAGGGCGAGUUAACCCCAGCCUCCUUCAUUCUUGAUCCUAGCUGCCAUCUCCAAGGCGGAUUUGCCCUGUACACGUGGUUCGACAGCAGGGAUGACCAAAGCGUCAAGGUAUCCCAACCCCCACGACUCGGCAUCAGUUGGCAAUUUGGAAACGCUAUCAGUAUCUCGGGACAGGCUUACUUUGCCAUCACCCCAAAAGCCUGUAUGGGUGGUGGACGCUUAGAUGUAGCUUUAUCUCUGAAUCCGCUCUUUGCGUAUUUUAACGCGUUUGUCGACUUCCUUAUCAACUUCAAGCCGUUUUCGUUUAUUGCUGAAGGUGGCCUUACCGUCGGCGUUCGAUUCACCCUCGACUUGUGGCUUGUAUGUAUCAAUAUCAAGGUUGAAAUCGGCGCCCGGUUGUACAUCGAAGGACCCCCAAUCCGCGGCCGUGUUCACGUUGACUUCUGGGUGUUUGGAUUCGAUGUCAAUUUCGGAGCCGAAGAUCAAAGUAAACCGGAAGCACUUUCUCUGGACGAAUUCAUCGAGGUGGUUUGCCAAACCCAUACCUCGGGAAUCCCGUCUUUCAACGCUCUCCCUACUUCUUCCGGUGCUGAGUCUGAUGCCGACAAAGACCCUGAAGCUCACGUAUUUGCCGUCCAAGAAGGACUCAUCCCUCAGGACAAAGUCAAAUCCACGCCUAGUGGUGAGAUGUGGGUAGUUCGCGCCGCAACGUUCGAGUUCUCGGUUACCUGCAAAUUCGCCAUCGACAAGGCGAUCGUUAUCACUCCAACGUCCCAAGGUGAUAUCGAGAACGAGGUCCCAGGAACGAACAAGGACAUCUAUGCGAAACCUAUGUAUACCGAGUCACCCAUCAAAUCCACCCUGCGGAUCAAAAUCAGUCCAGAUAGUGCAUAUUUAAUGAAUGAGGAAUUUUCCACCGAGCCGCUGUGGGAUUCAAAUCAGAGUAUUCGGAAAGAUGUUCCAUUAGCAUUGUGGGGGAAAUAUGACCGCUCAUCCGAUCCCUCGUAUAACAAAAACCCCGAGUCUCUCCUAAAGGGUACAAGUGAAAAAUCCGUCGACCUAAUGAUGGGCGUUCAUCUCAUGAAGCCAGAACCUCUUCCAUCCCAAGACAAAACCGUCCCAUUUGACGUGGAGAAAUUUCAAAUCCAAAAAAUGGCUGCGGAUACACCGAUUGCACUUCCCUCGGAAUCAACCAGCGCAUUUAAACCUAUUCCAGAUACCGGCAAAAAACAAUGGGAAGACGUGAGAAAAGUAUGGACCGAGAAAGAAUCCGCGGCCCAGAAAACCGUUAAUCUGUGGGAAUCGUUGGGAUUAGCAAAAUUAGGCUGGGCGAAGAAGAAAAUCGAGUCUGCGGGACAUCAAGUCUUGACUGGAUCCAAACCGCAGAAAGUCGUCGACAAUUUACCGAAGUAUUAUUUGUUCGCGCCGCAGCUAAGUGGGCCAUAACUCUGUAUAUGUUAGUUUAUUUUUCAAUUUUGAUCCUGUUUCUCUCGCAAUUAUUACUAUAUCCUGAAUGAAUGCAGGCCACCAACAUUGCUAUGGUCCUAUUUGUGCCAACACUGCUUGGAACUUGUAUAAAUUGAGAACUGGAGUCACCUACUACUGGAUUUCAGAUUCACUCUGUUGAAUCUUUACCAGGAGCCAUUCCGCACCUAAUAUUUGCUAUCUUGUCUUCAAGAUAUUGACAAAUCUCCAGCCUGUUCAGUACAUCCUUCACUUCAAAUGUUCAUUGGAGGAGUAGAGUAAGGUAAUUUCCCCUACCAGUACCCG